GCAGAAAGACGUUUACCUGAGAGCUUUGCCGCUUGAGGAGCGAGCUGUGCUCAAUUAAACUGUGUUUUAUAAAUUGUUUCUUGAAAAGAUGUGUUUUGUUUUCUGAAACGGAGUGCUUGCUUCUUACGGAGUUGUUUCUGUGUAACUGAGGAGUCUCAGGAGAGGUUCGAGGGCGAAGUGAAGUGAAAAGCUGUCACUGCAGAGUUUGUUUUGAGAUAAAUAAAAUUUUAGACUAGACUCUAGAGAUGCUGAAAACGGUGAUUCUCAUCGGGGGGCCGCAGAAAGGAACUCGGUUUCGGCCGCUAUCUUUCGAGGUUCCCAAACCUCUGUUCCCAGUGGCCGGGGUUCCCAUGCUCCAGCAUCACAUUGAGGCUUGUGCCAAGGUGCCAAAUAUGAAAGAGAUAUUACUCAUUGGCUUUUACCAGCCCAAUGAAGAGCUGAACAGAUUCCUAGCUAAUGUACAGCAGGAUUUCAAAAUCUCUGUAAGGUACCUGCAGGAGUACGCAGCCCUGGGCACCGGCGGGGGCAUCUACCACUUCAGGGACCAGAUCCUGUCUGGUGGCCCCGAGGCCUUCUUCAUCAUGAAUGCAGAUGUGUGCUCUGAGUUUCCCUUGUCAGAGAUGUUGGAUUUCCAGAAGAAGCACGGAGACACACACAGCUUUGUCAUCCUGGGCACAACGGCGAACAGGAAGCAGUCAAUGAACUACGGUUGUAUUGUGGAAAACCAGCAAUCAAAUGAGGUGUUGCACUAUGUGGAGAAGCCCAGCACAUUUGUGAGUGACAUCAUCAACUGUGGCAUCUACUUGUUCACCCCGGAAAUCUUCAGGCACAUUGGGGCCGUCUUCCAGAAGAACCAGCAGGACAUGCUGCUAGAGGAGCAGACGAAUGGCUGGCAGCGAGUGGAAGUGAUCCGUUUGGAACAGGACAUCUUCACGUCGCUAGCCGGCCAGGGCAAGCUCUUCGUGUACAAGACCGACCGCUUUUGGAGCCAGAUCAAGUCAGCUGGAUCUGCAAUAUACGCCAGCCGCUUGUACCUGAACCAGUAUCACAAGACUCACCCUGAGCGGCUGGCUAGAAAUGAAGAAGGAGGGGUUAAAAUAAUUGGGAAUGUGUACAUCCACCCUACAGCUAAUAUUGACCCUUCUGCUGUGUUGGGUCCCAAUGUGUCCAUUGGCACAGGCGUUACAAUUGGGGCAGGGGUUCGAGUGAGAGAAUCCAUCAUCCUUCACGGAGCUACUCUACAGGACCACAGCUGUGUGCUGAACAGCAUUGUGGGAUGGGACAGUACGAUUGGCAGGUGGGCGAGAGUUGAGGGAACGCCGAGUGACCCCAACCCCAACGACCCCUAUGCCAAGAUUGACAGCGAAACUCUGUUCACAGAUGGAAAGCUCACGCCCUCAAUAACCAUUCUGGGUUGUAAUGUGAAUAUCCCUUCGGAGGUGAUUAUACUCAACUCGAUUGUCCUCCCACACAAAGACCUCAACCGAAGCUUCAAAAACCAAAUUAUAUUGUAAUUUAUUUUGUACCCUCGUCAAAGCUAGUCUUCAUUCUCUGUGCAACAGAAGGAGGACUUAAUGGAAUCUACAAGGAGCGAAUAAAACGCCUCUCCCAUUUAAAUUUUGAUACGAUGGCAUUUUAAACAGAAGCCAAACUACAAAAAACAAAGUUGGUUACAUUUGCUGUAGGGAAAUUGAAUAUCUCAUUUCCUAUUCCCGAGAGCCAAACAUUUUUCCUCCUCAUACACUGUAAAACUUGAUUUUCAGAUGCACGCUUCAUUUUAAGUGAAACGAUAUCUUUUUAAGCACGAGGCGCGGCGUAUAAAACAUGAACACAGCAAGCACAACUGUUUGUGUAUGUCAAAAUUACAAAGCUGUUCACGAAAGUUCUUGUGUGUAUGUAAAAUGAAAUGUGAAUACAAAUUGUCCAUGAAGGUCAACACAGUUAAUGCUGGAAGUUUAGGUUUUUCCCCAGCUGGUGGUGCCAAACAGUACCGUAAAACAGCAUGAGUUCAUUGUGAUGUAAUGGGAUUAUCGUCCAGGGUGGCCCAAGAUCCUGCCAGUGACCACACCUUUCCCUGUACUGCUUAUCACUGUAUGGAAAGUCAAGAACCAAUGUAAAAAUGUGUGUAAAUUGUAAAAUAAAGCGA